AUGGGGAAGGAACAGGAGCAUCUCUCCAGUGAGGAGGGGCUGAGAGAGGAGGAGGCCUGCGCCUUUCCCCCCGGCAGCCGCCCGGCCCGGCGGGGGAUGGAGCCCGGCAGGUCGGUGCCAGCCGAGCUGAAGCUCCGUAAGCCCUCGCAGCGGGCCAGGAUCCCGGCGCCCUUCUUCGCCCAUCCGGCUGGGGCGGACCUCCCCGGGCCGGACCCUACGGAGGUGGACGCGGACUCGCUGGUACCCACGCACGACGAGCGAGGCCGCCCCAUCCCCGAGUGGAAGCGGCAGGUGAUGGUGCGCCGGCUGCGGGCCCGGCUGGCAGACGAGGAGGCGGCGGGCGGCCAGGACGCGGGCUGCUGGCGCUUCUCGCCCUCCCGCCAGGCCGUGCUGGGCCCGUUCGGGGAGCUGCUGACCGAAGCGGACCUGCAGCAGCUGGAGCGGGCAGUGGAGAGCCUGCGGCUGCGGCGGCGGGGAGAGGCGUACCAGGGCGAGCUGCGGCGCCUGGCGCGGGAGCUGCGGGCCCUCCUGCCCGCCCCGCUGCUCAGCAUCACCGUGCGCAGCCCCCCGCCCGCCCCCGGGCAGCCUCUGCCUCUGUGGUGCGGCCGCCUGGCCGGCGCCGUCAGCAGCCUGGCCGCGCUGCUGGCCCACGCCGAGGGGGCACGGGUGGCCUCCCCCGCCGCCGCCGCUCCCCCCGCCGCCGCCGUCGGGCAGCCGCGGGAGCCGUCGGGCAGCCUGGCGCAGCGGGAGAUUCGGCAGUACGGGGUUUGCGUCCGCAGCCUCCGCGGCGCCUUCGAGCCCGCCUGGGGGGUGGCGGAGGGGAAGGCGGCCGGGGGGAGCGCUGCGAGGAGGCGUUUUCCGACGGCGGCGGCUCGCCGGGGCCGGGGCCGGAGUGGGGAAGCCUGA